UCCGGCACCGUGGCACCGCCUACUUAUUCGCGCAACCUCAAUUUCGCUUCUUCUGACUUGAAUCCUUCCUCUGACCAUUGUGAGCUGUUGAAUCGCCGACAACUUCGCUUUGGGUUUGCAGACAGUCAUUUGGCAUCACCACUCACCAUGUCGUCUGGAAAUGCUGUCAUCGGCAAGCCUGCCCCAGCCUUUAAAGCCACAGCUGUAGUCAAUGGACAGUUCAAGGACAUUCAGCUGUCUGACUACAAAGGAAAAUAUGUGGUGUUUUUCUUCUACCCUCUGGACUUCACAUUUGUCUGCCCCACUGAGAUCGUGGCAUUCAGCGACCGAGUGGACGAGUUCCGCAAAAUCGGUUGCGAGGUUCUCGCCUGCUCUGUCGACUCUCACUUCAGUCACUUGGCCUGGAUUAACACACCACGGAAGCAAGGAGGUCUGGGUAACAUGAAAAUCCCCCUUGUGGCAGACCUCACAAAGAGCAUUUCCAGAGACUAUGGCGUGCUGAAGGAGGAUGAUGGCAUUUCGUACAGGGGACUGUUUGUGAUUGACGACAAAGGCAUUUUGAGGCAGAUCACCAUCAAUGACUUGCCGGUGGGUCGCUCUGUGGAUGAGACCAUGCGCCUUAUCCAGGCAUUCCAGCACACUGACAAAUAUGGUGAAGUGUGCCCCGCGGGCUGGAAACCAGGCGGUGACACGAUCAUCCCUGACGUUGAGAAGAGUAAAGAGUUCUUCUCCAAGCAGUAAAUGUGAAGGUCACUUCACCGUAACAGCAGCACUUUCCUUCUGAUGAAAUGUGCUUCUGUAGAAUUGUCAUAAGUGACUUCCUACUUAGCCAAAGCCCAACCUAUUACUGGUUCGAUACUUCUCUUUGUAUGUCCACUGGAGAGACGAUCUCCAAGUCUCAAGCACUGAAAAGUUCAUUUCCUUGUUUUUCAGAAAAAUACCGAGAAUUUCAUUUUUUCUAAUUUUGCCACUGAUUAAAGCAGUAGGAAUGAGAA